AUGAGAUCGCAAACUGGAAACCUCCCCGAGACUCCUCCCUCAACCCCUCCGGCCCCGACCCCGUCUUAUGACAGUGAAGCCUCACUUUGGUCAGAGCAGACGACCCCAUGCCCACCUCAAGCCAUGUCCCAGCGUGCAUUCGGCGAUGAAAGCCUCCCACCGGUGUCUACCAAAGAUCAAGAUCCCGCGUACGCAUCUCCUGGUCCCAGCAGCGACAAAGAAAACGCAAAUCCACCCAAGGAAGCCGCAACCUCAACUGGAUCCGACCGCGUCAUGAGCCAGUGCGCAGCUCAGUCUACUAGCAGCCGCAGCGGCGACGACCCUGACGAGCACAACUCCGAUGAUUCGGAUGCUACCGAGAAAAAGAAUGCGCCCUCACCAAAUGGAUCUCCUAAAAGGAAGCGCAGCCAAGAUGACGCUGACGAGAGCGUCCACAAUGAUGCUGACAGCAAGAGUGCUGGGAACUUCGACGACCAGCCCUGCACCGACAAGGCGCCGCCGCGCAAGAGGGCCGCUACAUCCAAAGCAAAGGCUGCAGCUAAAGCCAAGCCUGCCCUGAAGUCUGCUCCAAAGCUUGCUGCAAAGAAGCGUGUCGCAGCGAAGAAGACUGCAGGACCGCCACCACCACCUUCGACUCGCCCUUCCCGCGCUCGCAAAGCCCCUGAGCGCUUUGGUGACGCCAUUGAGACUAAGCCCGUCAAGCCCGCUAAACCAGCCAAGUCAGCAAAGAAAGCACCUGUCAAGAAGGGCGGCAAAGUCUUCGACCCAGUGUACAUUACCACGAACUCCACGAGCCGCCUGGUGAAGGCUGAUGUGUUCCACAUGCUCCUCGAGCCCGCAGCAUGGACCAGUCUGAGCACUGAGCAGAAGAUCGAGCUCAUGUUGAUGCUUCCGCCAACACCUGACAACACCGACCUUCUCGAAUGGAUCCGUGCGACCGAUGGCCAUGGCGACUCCGUAGACACUCGACCCUACGCGUUCCAGAUUUCCAACGAUUGCUUCCGCACUGACGUCGCCAAAUUCCGCGCCGACCUCAGCAACGGCCACUUGGGAAAGACCUGGCAUGCAUCCGCUGAGCAGGCAGUUAUUGAUCGUGCUGCAGGCGUGUACGAUACGUUUAAGGCUGAGGAGUUUGAAGAGUGGUGGGGCCAGAAGAGCACUUCAACGAGGUAG